AGCGCGCGCGUCAUAGAUAGCUAGGAGAAGGGCGAGUUUCAGGUUUCCUCCCUCGCUUCCCUGCUCUGGAGGCUUGCCGAAGGCAAAGUCGAAGGAAUCGGAGCUCCAGACAUGCUCAUUCCUCCACCAGGCAGUCCUCUCAAGAAGCUCUUCACCUCCAGAACUCUCAUGGGCUCCAGGCCGUUCUUCAAGGCCGCUCCUCUCACAGGCCUUCCGACGAACACUUGGCGGACCCACCUCUUCCACCCUCACACAUUCGUAUUCUCCGCUUCCCUAUCAAAAUCUCUACGGAAUAUUCAUCCUUCUUCUCUCAGAAGUACUGGGCUUUGCUCUAUUUCUCAUGCUAAUAUCCCCCGACCUGUUUCUCAAGUUUCUUUGGAAAGCCCAGAAGAGGACUUCCUUGAUUUAAUUCCGUUGAGGGUUUUGAGGAAGAAAAUGUCCCAACUUGGGAUUGACAGCAAAGCCUGUAGACCUGGGCAGUACAACCACUUAAUUUGUCCAAUGUGUAAAGGUGGGGACUCUGGAGAGGCGACCUUAUCCCUUUUCAUCGCCCAAGAUGGGAAUUCAGCUUUAUGGACAUGUUUCCGAGGAAAAUGUGGGUGGAAAGGCAAUACAAGAGCCUUUGCAGAUGGGAAGUCAACAUAUGGAAAGAUGAAUCAAAUCCCACAAGUUAAGAAGACAAGAGAAAUUGCAGAGGAUAGUUUGGAGUUGGAACCACUUUGUAAUGAGCUACUGGCUUACUUUGCUGAGCGUAUGAUAUCAACAGAAACAUUGCGGAGAAACUCUGUUAUGCAGAGAAAAUAUGAUGGCCAGGUGCACAACCAUACUGAAUUAAGAAAAUAGUGUCUUAACUCGUUUGGUCUCAAAUCAU